AUGUCUCUACUAAGUAAACUCGCCCCAUUUCUGCUCUCCGUCGUCGUCCUUUGGGCCGUCGCCCUCUCAAUACGACGGGGAGCAACGUUUACCCCAGUCGACGACGAUGACCGCUACUCUGCCUCCGCCAACGUCGAGGACUUGAUACCCGUCUCCGACCACCAGAGCAACUCUGGGAGCGGCUGGUCAAAACAGCAAGAAACCCUGCAGUCCCCCUUGACCCAGGCCGCCUUCCAAGCCCAGUGGCUCGAAAACGACCUCGGCGGCCCGUUCGACGGCUCCCGCAUCUUCGAGCUCUGCAACAAAACGACGUGGCGCGACGACAUCGUCCUCCACAUGCGCCACUCCCGCGGCGGGCUCGGCAACGUCCGCGGCACGAUCCUCGACUUCCUCUACGAAGCCAUGCUCUUCGGCGUCCACAUCGUGAUGCCCUCCUACGUCAAGCGCACCGACGCCAACCUCGACUGGAUGGACGAGAGCAACGGUUACUAUGACUACGACAACCUUUUCGACAAGGAGUGGUUCCUGCGCCAGAUGGGAGAGCACUGCCCGCAGAUGAAGAUCUACCCGACGCCCGAAGACGCACCUGUGAAGGCCACGCUGAAGGGGGAGUUCACCGUUCCCGGGGCACGGUCGGACAAGAGCCCUGACAAGACGGAGGAAGGCGUCAGGGUUAGUCUGGACGCGUGGCUCAAGUCGCAGGAGGACUACGUCGAGAACACGCCGUCGCUGGUGCCCAUCACCGCGGGCUUCCUCGGCUUUGACUUUUACGCGAAGCCAGGGUUGCGCACCGCGCUCGGCAGGCUGGUGCGGGUAACUCCCUCCGUGAGGGAACUCGCGGCGGAGGCGAUGUGGACGAUGCGCGAGCGCUUCGACCUCGCGUCGACGCUCGACCCGCGAGAGCAGAUCCCCCGCGGGGCGUACUGCGGCGUGCACCUCCGGACGGAGGACGACGCGGCACGGAGCGGGUGGCUCAAGGCCGAGGCCGGCUUCGACGGGCAGACGGACUGGCACAUCGCGACGUGCGGAGGGCUCGGCUUGCGUGUGAUCUACGUCGCGACAGGCGAGAAGAAGGACAUUGAGCGGUUCGCCGUCAAGGCCAAGGAGAAGGCUGGGAUCAUCGUCGUCGGCAAGAACGACUUGUUGGAUGAGCCCGCGCUCGCGACCGCGCUGGGGAACAUGUCGUGGGACCAGCAGGGCGCGCUUGACUACGAGGUCCUCGCGCGGUCGAGCUAUUUCAGUGGGCCGAGCAUGAGCAGUUUCAGCUGGAGCCUGGCCAUCAGGAGGCACUUCAACAGCGAGGGCGAUGGCUCGGCCAAGUGGAUGAAUCCGUAUGCGAUCAAUGAGGACGAGCCGCGGGUGACGUAUGACGAUGGGCUCAGCCGGAUCAUUAUCAAGGCGGCGCGUGUGGACGGUUUGGAGGCGAAUGCGCCGAGAGGGAUGUUCCCAUAG